AUGAAUCAUACGCACAGCCAUUCUGGGUUCCCAUUGCGAUCUGAUUUCUUCCGCAGUCUUCCUUUAGCCAAGUUCAAGAAUGACAAGCUGUACCGAUUAGCCAAGGCGAACGCCUUUACAUGCCUCAAUCAAUCAUUUAAUGAUCAAUGGAGAUAUGUUCCUCCUGAAAAAGACGGCACUCAGAUUCGGAAGGACACGAGCAACCUGGCAGCCUCGUAUCGACUCGUGCGAGCAGCUACGGUACUGCGUUGCCAGGAACAUGAGGUCAAUCAGAUUGUUGCCAAUACUAACUCUGAGAGCUGGCGCGAGUUCGUUCGCAAGUGCUUUGGAAAAUAUUACGUCGAUACCCUCAUCCUCCAUAAUGUCACAAAGCCCAAUGAUAUUGACACUGUUAAACAGCCAGAGCAUGGUAAUAGCCAGCCUGAAGGUAGUGGUAGUGAAGAAAGUCCUGGCUGUCUGAAAAAAGACUGCAUCGGUAGCGAUGGAAGACGCGGCAGUCUUCGGACGAUCGGAGUUGACCACAAUGUCGAGGCAAAGUUACAUAAGAAUCUCGACAUCGGCUCUUCAAUAAAUCUUAUCGAUAGAGUUUCGUCGGAAUGCAGCAGUUCUAAUGCAGAAGAGCUUUUGAAAGAGGAGGCAGCCGCUGCAGUUGAUGGACUAGGUGAACAAGCGGAGGAAUUGCUUACUGUGAAAUGGGCUGCCUUUGAAACAGGUAUAUCUGGCAAGCGAGACGUUUGUCUUGUUGACUAUCUCUCAUUGGCAUAUGUACCCAACUCUGAACCACGCCAGCGUGUACACGUGUGGUGCUUCACAUCAGCUGAAGGCGAACGUGUUGGCUGCAUGGAACUUAAGGAUACGCACCAUGUGACACGGACGACUCUCACGAAACUGGGCUUGUUUUGGCAUAAAGUGUCCGACGAUGAGACAGAAGUGAUCGUGUGCGGUAGUUUUCCGUCAAAGCAUGCGCAUAUGGUUAGCGCAAUUCAAUUAAACUGUUUAAACCAGUUGCAAGGAAUUGUUGAGGAUCUCAGGAUGAGCAGUCAACUCUACAUUCAGCGAGCAACUUGGGUAAAAAACAGUGAGCGUACAACAUGCAACCUCUGUACGCGCAAUUUUCAUGCUUUGCGGCGUAAGCACCACUGUCGUCGCUGUGGGGAAGUUGUAUGCUCGGAUUGUUCGACAGUUGAGACGGUUGAUCUGCCUGCAAUCGGCUAUUCAAAGCUACGACUAUGCAAAGUUUGCUCUAUCCGAGCACGCACUACUCCGCUCAAGCAGGUUGCCAAGACCAAUGUGUUUGAUCAUCUCGUGCGUGUACGCAGACUUAGCGACGUCGGUUCAUCGAAUGCAACUUCAUCAUUCACUCGAUCAUCUUGUACCGAAAAUAAUCAAGCAAGUCAUCACGAGGACAGUCAGGGCAACUCGGAGUUGAUUAUUAGCGGCUAUAUAAACCGCACACAGAGUUCGAGUACCACCAAUAGUGCCAGCAACAAUUGUCAGGGGAUCUCGUCUUGUGGCUCUCACAGCAAAAACAGCAUUUCUAUGCAAAAUCCCGAGACAAGUGACACAAAUGAACUUACGAUGCAUUCCAUGACAGCUAGUCUAGAUUCUCCUUUCGAAGCAUAUGACGACUUUAUUAAUGAAAGCUGUCUGAAGACGCAACUGUGUGCGAUGGAGCACAAGAAGCGCUCGAAUGGGGGUAAUAGCAACAUGUUCGACCUUCUUUGCGAAUUGGCAUGCCAGACACUUGAUUGCCCAGUCGCUUCAGUCUCGAUCGUGGAUGACAUGGACAACUUAAUUUGUUCUGCUGUAGGUUUCGAAGUGAACUCUGCCCUUGAUGGCGAACUGUCCGUCUUUAUCAAUAAAAUAAUGGGAUCAACUCCAACCAUUGUGUUGGAUGCUAGUGUUGAUAAGCAGGCGCUCAAGUUUUUCUCUUUGGGGUCCCUACCACAUAUCCGCUUUUUUGCCGGAUGCCCAAUCUACUCUCGAACCGGAAGAAAGCUCGGAUAUGUUUGCGUUGCUGAUUUUGCCAAGCGCGAUUCUCUAGGAGCAAGCUGCGCUUUUACUAUGGAACGACUUGCUACUCUUGCCGUCACCACGAUGGAGCGAGACGUACUGAAUAAAACUGACGAGAACAAAAAUGCUAGAUUAAACAACAUAAAGGAGGCCGACUUUACUAAGCGAGCUACAACACACACCCCACUGCAUCCGGCGAUUCUCUCUGACCGAAUAAAUGGCAUUGGAAUGUCAGGUAAAGGGCAAGACAACGUAGAAAGUAAAGCUCAUUCCGAGGCAUUAGUUCGGCACGUGUGCGAAAUCGUAGAAGACGAGACACCACCUAUAACGACACCUUCAACCGUGAAUAUAAGACGCGUGGCCGGCGACCGCAGCGCUGACUAUUACGAGACACAGGAGCGCAUGCGCAAACUACUAAUCAAAUCGUACCAUACGCAGCAGCAGCUUGCAAUUAGUGGAUCACUGUAA